AUGAACUCCGAUUACUAUGGAAAUUUCACCAAUCUCCUCAAUGAAGACUCACCCUUGUAUGAUGAAAGCUAUGAUGUGAAUCCAACUACACAACAUGAAAAUAUUGUUAGUGCUAGUGCAUCGAGUAGACAAAAAAGAUCAUCGAAUUUUACUUGUGAGGAAGAUAUUUCUCUUGUGUCGGCAUGGCUACAUACAAGCAAAGAUGCCGUUCAUGGAAACGAACAAACAUCUACUGGAUUUUGGAAGAGGAUUUACGACGAAUUCAUAAUCAAUUGCGGUCAAGGAGGACGUAGUGGAAGAAGCAAGAGCACUAUUUUUGCCAACAAUGAUAAAAAGUCAUUCAAAUUUGAACACUGUUUUGAUAUUCUAAAGCACGAGAAGAAAUGGCUUGAUACUUCUAAAAAGAAUAAGCAAAGAAAUACGUCUUCUAUCAACCUUGAAGGUACUCAAAUAUCAUCAGAAGAUAACAAUAGUGAGCUUUCGGCCAAUAAAGAUCGGCCUUUGGGUAAGAAAUUGUCCAAGGAAUCACAACUCAAGAAAAAACAAGGCAUAACGGAAGGUGGAAGCUCAUCUAGAAUGUCACUUACCGAUGAGCGUUGGGAAGCAAAGAUGGUAAUAGAACGCGAAAGAUAUGAUCAACGCGAAAGGCUCAUAACAAUACAAGAAAAUGCAAUACGUGUCGACGAAGAGCACAAACAAAUAGAUGAAGAGCAUAAACAAAUUGACGAAGGGCGUAAACGUAUUGAACAAGAGCGUGUAAGAAAAUUGGUUUUAAGUAUUUUUCAUUGA